UGGACAAUGACUAAUCUAGUUAAUCAAGCGGAACUGAGAGAGGCUAUAGGCUUGCAUGCUCUGCAUGCUCUGUUCCACCGCACAAUAUUGGCUUGCACACUCUGUUCCACCGCAUAAUAUAUAAAGUGUGGAUUCUGAAAUACCAGUAAACUCCCUGCUAGAACCCAGAAUAAUUGCUACACUCUGUAAUGGAGCCUCUGGGAGCAACAACUAUUUUCCUGGCAGUGUGCAUCUCUUGCCUUCUUUUCCUUUCAGCAUGGAAAAAGAUGUCUGGAAGUGGGAAUCUGCCACCUGGCCCUGUUGCUUUUCCCAUCAUAGGAAAUGCACUGCAGCUGUAUAAGAAGAACUUGCCCCAAUCAAUGCGUGAGCUCAGUGCAAAGUACGGCCCGAUUUUCACAAUAUAUUUGGGCUCAGAGCGGGUUGUGGUGCUGUAUGGACAUGAAGUUGUGAAGGAAGCGCUGAUUGAUCAAGGGGACGAGUUCAGUGACAGAGGACGUAUGCCAGUAUUUGAAAGGUUGCCUGACAAAAGAGGUAUUUCUAUGGCCAGUGGGGUGCCGUGGAAGGAGCUACGCCGAUUUACCCUCACCACUUUGAGGGAUUUUGGGAUGGGGAAGAAGAGCACUGAAGAGCGAAUCCUGGAGGAAGCCCAUUUCCUGGUGGAAAGACUCAAAAACACUCACGGUGAGGACCAACUUUAUGUCUGUUGGAAAUUAGAACUGAGGAGUCAGUUAAAGUCUUUCUGCUUUUCAUGAUAUUAACUGUUUGGU